ACAUUUUGAAUACUUCGAGAACAUUCCGGUGGCUUUAAACGCUCAUACGCGCGUAGGCCGGUCAAACCGACGCGAACGUUGACGAAGUGGUGUGUCGUCAUGGUCUUGCGUUUAAACUGCUUUCGUAGGAAGUGCACGGAGCAGUUUGUACUUAAUAAAAUCAGUUUAGUAUUCAUAUUUGUACCCGUGAGUUAAUAAUAGUAAUAAAUCAGAUCUAGUUACAGGGUACACAUGGGUUGCGUAAAGGCUACUGCAGUUGGUCACGAGGUGCCUCCAACAUGGCUAUGAUGAAAAGUGGCUGGCUCCACAGGCAAAGUACCAUCCUGCGGCGCUGGAAGAGGAACUGGUUCGACUUGUGGUCGGACGGCCGACUGGUCUUCUACAACGACCAGCAGCGCCGGGACAUGGAGGACGACAUCCACAUGAAGGUGGACUGCAUCAACAUCCGCGGUUGCGCCGCGUGUCAAGAGUUGAACCCUCCGGACGGGAAGACCCGCGACGCUUUGUUGCAGAUCGUGUGCAGGGACGGGAGGGUGAUCAGCCUCUGUGCGGACAGCGCCGAUGACGCCCUGGCGUGGACCAUGGCACUCCAGGAUGCCAGAAUUAAUACGAUGGUCGCAAAUCCUCAGGCGGCGUUAACGCCGGAGGUGAUGGACCCGGCUCCACCGCCGUACUCGGAAUAUGCCCCCCCACCUCAGUUCUACACUCAGGGCCAGUACGGAGAUUACGUCGCCGCUUCUCCGCAAGCGACGCAGAUCGUGUAUGCUGCCGACGGGCAGCCCUACGCGGUCGCAUAUCCUUAUCAGUAUCCAGGUGUCUACGGCGCGCCCGGCGUCAACCACGUGGUCAUCCAGGAGCGCCAACGCGACAACGGCGGCGACGUGGCCAUGGGCAUGCUGGCGGGAGCGGCGACGGGUCUGGCGCUCGGCUCUCUCUUUUCCGUCUUUUAAGUAGUUUUGCACGUCGCCGUUGGUCCGCGACAGCAAACGUCACUUCCCGUGCACUCCACUUCACACCUUUUUGUGCAGCAAUCUGCUUCCUCUCUGCCUACGACGCCUUCAGAACGGUCCGAAAAUAUUCAAUUAUCUUCCGUGCUUCCUCCAAAGCCUUCAAACGUGACGAUGAUGCUGCUGCUCGGUUUCUAUCCCUCCAUUUUCUGUUCCCACGAGGGUGGCGAGUGAGCCGUUGCCCGUCUAAACAUACUGUAAGUGAGAGGCAGGUCCGGAGCUACCAAAAAAAGGUCGUCACAGCGUUUCACCCACCUUUUUUAUGUUAUUAUAGGGUGUGGUGUUUUGAAUUAUGACACAUUGACUAACCCAUUUUUAAAUAAGGCUGUCACAAAACAAAAUGUGGAAAAUGCAAAGCGCUGCGAAUACUUUGCAGAUGCACUGAACACUCCGGGACUGGCUGAUGAUGAAGAAAUCCACGCAGAACAUGCAAACCUUUCAGUGUGAACCAGAAGCAGUAACCGCUUUAUCCGCUACGAUUUAAUUGCUUCUUCACUAGCAUUUUUAAAUUCAUUGAAUCGGACUGCGAUCCAUGGAGCUGUCGCCUCUGGCUCACAGUCAGCGGUUCUGAGUUCGAAUCUCGGCUUCAAUAAUUGACGGGAGACAGUAGAGGCACCCGGAGAAAGCCCACACGGUAUAAAUUUGUUCCGACUGUCUUUCGUAAAGCCUCAAACACUUUAAUGUUGUGUUAAAAUUAACUCAACUUGUGGUUUUCGUGACUCUUGUUGCCGCCACUGGUAUCCUUUUGUGGUUGCAUGAUUAAAAAAAAAAAAAAAAACUCACUUAUUAAACUCAUUCACGGUCAUUGAAGGCUGUUUAAUUCAAAUAUCCAUGGUAAUUAAAAUGGAGGCCUGGCAGUGACUAACUGUAAAUUGUAUCACUCUUACUGUGUUUUGAUUUUAGGAGCCAUUUUUUAUUGUUGUUAUUGUUUUGGUCUGCUGUAUCGUUAUAAUUGUGUCAUUUUUGUUUGAAGAACAUGAGACACCUUUUGAUUUGGAAUGUGGUCUCGAUCACCUCGCUCAAAUUGACGUACCGUAAUUUCCGGCCUACAGAGCGCACCGGGUUAUAUACCUCACGCAGUACAUCUGGAAAGGAAAUACCAUUUGGUACAUACAUAAGCCGCACCUGUGUAAAAGCCGCAAGUGCCCACAUUGAAACGAGACAUUUACAAAGACGGUACACAGGUUAACGCUAGCGUCGCUGUGCUAAGGCUAAUGCUAGCGGUACACAGAGAGUUUUUAAAUACCUUAUCUUAGCUUAACAUAGCAACAAUAUGGUAACACAACCAGGGCUGGUUAAAACAAACAAACACCUGCAGCAGCUACACAUUAAGAACACGGUAGGACAGCACUAACAGGGCCGGUUAAAAAAAUAAAAAUCAUACCUAAAUCACUGACAGAUGGCAGUAACACAGCAAAAACACGCUAGCGCAGCCCUAACACUGGCGC